GAGCCUCAAUUUUUACAAGAUGAGGUUCGGUCGUUUGCCCCUAGGGGAAAAGGUCGGGGGCAGACUUUUGAUUUUGGCGAGUACUCCAUGCAUUCCCAAGCCCGCAGUAUCCACUAACCCAGUUGUAGGUGGUGUUCGGUUUACCUGAUCGAUUUGGAUAUCCGUUAGAGCCGGGGGGGAAAGAGCGCCAUGAACUCUACUUGGACAGGGCCCUGAGAGAAACGAGAACCCUAUCUUCACCCUCACCGAAAGAAAAGAUUUAGAUCCACUUAAAUUUCUCUCGAUAACAAGCUACAACAAUAGCAACGGCAUGCCCGUCCAGAGCGGCCCCAUAAUUGCAGUUUUCACAUGGGAAAGAAACAUCGUCCCAGACAAUACUGUAUGGGUACUGUAACCCAACCAAGGUCCAGGUUAAUUGCGCGCCAUGCUACAUCCCGCCCUUCUCACCUGCAUCACGUAGAAAUACCAGUUCCUUUUUCUUCAGGUCAACGACUGCGCAAGCUGCGAUACCACUAUAGUGGCUUCAUUCCACCUAUCAUCACCAGCAAUAGUUGCCACCGCCGAUUAGCCGUUACCCAUGCUCUUUUGGUGAAAGACUUACGAUGGGGUCCGGUGGGUAGUGGAAAAAAAUAUAAUAGCAGGGAUCGAAGGGGAAUUCCUGAAUCUUGUGCGGCGAGUCCAAGGGCCGAAACAGGAUUGAGAGCAAUUGAGGUGAACGAGGAGGAACUUUGGGAAAGGAGGAAGACAAUUCCACCUGUAAGGAGCAUGAUGACGGCGUUGAAACAAAGAGAGAAGAAGGUCGGAGUGCGGUGGUGCUGGUCCGGAAUGGUGGUAAGCAGGCGGAUGCCAAACCUACUUGGUGGCAAACUGCAUUAACCGGGUUGGAGGGGUUUUUUUUGCAAAACAAAUAGUUUAAUUUCAAAAUUGCGUUGCAAAAGGCGCGGCUUUCUUUUCCCCAAUUUCUGACUUUCAUCACAGGGCUUCGUUCUCACAACCUAUAUGCGUAACGUUGUUGUCCGGGGUAGGAUGCUAUUCUUACUCCUCUGUAAUACGGAACUGACAAUGAUCGUACCCGGUUGCAGCAAGACCAAUCCCCCGCUGCAGAUAUGGAUUGAAAUGGACUCAAGGGGGUUUCUAUGCACUCUUCUGUGUCACUGGGUUUGGGCUCAUCUCAUGGCCAUUCAGGGAUUUCUAUUUUCUUCUCCACAGGCAGAACGAGGUGACCGCGUUCAUAUUUGACCGCCACGACUUGCGGCCAUAGUAGGGCCCUUGUCCAUUAAACUCCUGGAGUAUGUACAGUCGCAAAUCUUCCAAUGGAGACUUUAGCUGUUCCCGGAGAAUAGUGGAGGGCUUGUACAGGACGAGGAAGAGGUUGCGGGGCGACUUGUUCUUGGCGAUUCUUUGUAUUAUUUGGAUGAAGUUAAUUGCUGUGAAGAAGCCGCGUUAGGAGAAGUUAGUUAUAGCUUCCGGCGGGUGGUAUGGUGGGGUGCCGGAAGGUGAGGGCAAUGGUGCGUCGGGUUCCUUUUGCUCGCACUGGAAUUUGAGCAUUGGUAGGGUGAGGAUUCAACUGGUGAGGAGUCUAAGAAUGAGUUUUUCGGGUUGGCUGGUGGUUUGGAAUUUUGCUUGGGGUGGGGGGAGUGCAGAAGAUAGAAGUUGAAGAAUGACAUAUCCUUCCGGUCAGUCUUGGUGGUUAUGGUUUAAAUGAUGUCCUAUUGGUUGAGUAGCCUCAAGAAGGUAGUUAGAAUCCAAGAGGAGCUCCUUCAGGUAAUCCAACUUGAGCAGGUUUGUUAAGUUAAAUGGUCUCUGAUUAGUUCAAAGUUUCAUACUAGCGAGUAUUGCUAAAGUUUAAGAGAAACCCGAGAUCAUUUCUACAUGCCCUCGAAGAUGGCACUGAUGGUUUUGCUAGUGAUCUCCCUAAUCCUGUGGACAUCUA